UUUAGUUUAGUUGAGUAUUGGAGGUGAAACUGAAAGGACGCUUCCGCUUCUUCAUUCUUCAGUGCUUCUCGAAGUUAACUUUUGCUUUAUUCGAUCAUCAUUUUUAAUCGCGCGGGCUGAUUUCUGCAGCUGAAGUGGAAUUUGGAAAUUCCGAAAAUACUGACUGCUCGAUGCUAGCCGCUAAUUUGGUAACUCGUCCUGCCAAAGGAUCCGAGCGUUUGGGCAGAAUGACAACCGAAGUAGUGCAACAGGAUGACGUCAUUUACAGACUGAACAAGAGGUUUGUCCGCGAGGAUGCUGCCAUCAUACAGGACGUAGCUGCAAGCUGCGGCUAUGACUAUGACAAGUCGUUCCAAGCUCUUUCCGAUUUGUUUGGCCAAAGCACAUCUUGUCUCAGCGGGGACGUAGCUGAUCCCAUUUCUCUGUUAGACAAAAACACCAAUUUGGGCAACUUGGCCAACUUCUGUGACAAAACGAUUGAAGCGAGGGCCACAUCGGAAGACCAGCAGACGGUGCCGGAAAUGCGUCUGACCAACUGCAACACUGCUGACCAGAAAGUGCCCAAUGGGCCUUUAAGUCAGCCUAUGUGGGUCAGCAACACGGGGCCCAAACCUAACACCGGGGCCAUCAGAAAGAGCAAUGUUAAUCAGAAACAUCGGAGACCACCUAAAGAGUCCGUAAACAAACCAGUUGUUGAAAAAAUAAAGCGGAUGUUAAUGGAGCGGUGGCUGGUGCUUGUUAUAUUAAGAGGUCUUCCAGGGAGUGGAAAAACCUAUUUAUCAAAAGAGUUAUCUGAAAUGGCAGAAGAAAACAGUUUUGUUUAUCGUAUUUGCAGUGCAGAUCAUCAUUUUCACACUCCUAAAGGUUACGUUUUUAACGCCUCAGAACUCCCAGUAGCUCACAGUGCAUCCCAGCAAAAUGCUAAGAAGGCAUUUAAUGAGAAAACUCAGCUGGUCAUUAUAGACAACACCAAUAUAAUGGAAUGGGAGAUGAAACCAUAUUUUAUCGAAAGUGUCAAAUUUGGUUAUCAUAUUGAAAUUUUGGAGCCAUUAACCCCUUGGAGGGAUAAUAUAGGACAAUUAAGAAGUAAAAAUGUUCAUAAUGUUCCUGAUAGAAGCUUGAGAAACAUGCAGGACAAAUAUAAGAAAUACUCUGCUUUUGAAUUACUGCAACUUUUCCAAUUGCCGAGAUCAGGCCAGAAAGUUUUAUCCCUAGUAGCAGCACCUCCACCUAUGCUACCGCCUGCCGUACUGGACCCAAUUCCGAAUCCUACUUCCGAACAACAGCAAACCAUGAACACCCAGGAGACUAAGUCUGGAGGUGUGCAGAUUUUAGAACUCAAUCCUACCGAAGAGAAAAUUGAAGUUCCUGAAGAAACCUGCCAGCCUAUGUCGGAUGACGAAGAGGAGAUAAUUGAUUACGAAGGCGUCCCUGAAUCUGCUCGGGAAUUUUACAAAAACCUGCCUGAAGUUUACCCUGACUUCAAUGCUAAAGUUUUGAGGGAUCUCCUUCGUGAAUGCCACUUUGACCAGGAGUACUUUUUCGACGCAGUGGAAAACUCAACUCGUCUCUUAGAAAAGGGGACCAACAUCAGCAAGAAGCCUCUCGUUACUCCUAUAGUAAAAGAGGUCCGCGCACCAACAACCUCCCCAUUGGCAGAAGUACCACAGAUGCCUAAAAAGUCACCCGCAGAACCAACGCCUGAGUCUUUGGAGUUGAAACGGGCGCUGGAGGAGAAAUUUGUCAUCCCCAAAAAUCAAGAGCCAAACGUUCCACACCAGCCACCUAUUGAAAAUGAGACCUCUCUUGAUGACGAUGACACCGAAUCGCAAACCGAAAGUUCGUCUAGUGAAGAGGAGGAGAUUGAGAUGACACUGGACAGGAAUUUUGCUCAGAGUUUAUUGCAAAAUUUUGGCGGGCCUAUUUUAUUAGAAGAUUUGGACAAUGACGCUUUUCGACUAAAGGUGCCUAAUUGGGUUGCUUCAAAAAUUCACUCCUGUUGGUUGGAGGCUAUCGAAAAACACUACGGCUUAAUUGAGGUCCAACUCAAAGCACAGCUGAAAAAUGAUGCUGCCUUGGCCAGAGCCUUAGCCAUGGAUGACCAACAACCUAAGGAGACUAAGGAUGAAAAUCCCCCUAAUCCCAGCAUGGAUGAAAUAUUGGACGAGGAGAAGGCUCUGCAGUUGGUGAAAAAUUUGCAAAUGAAAGACGGCAAAAAUGACCUAGCAACUAAAAUGUCUUGUCAAAAACUGCUUGAACAAUUCCCGAAUAUGGACCCUGUUGCCAUAAAAGACAUUUUUGAGGCUCAUAAUCGUGAUUAUAAUGAGACGGUCAAAGUCGUUAAAGAGGUUUACAUGACAAACACCAAGGUCAAGGAUGUUUACACGCCAGAAGCUUUGCAGAAACGAGAGGAGGAGUUGGUGGAACAGGCCAAAAGAAUGAGUUUACAGGAGUUGGAGGCUGCAGAAAAAAAGAAACCUCUGUUUGUCAAUGUCAUUCCGAUCCGCCAGCGGCCAAAUGGUGAAACAGACGAGGCUAAAUUGAUCAACCAAAUUGCUGCUUAUCGAGAUGAGGCAAAGGUGGCGCACUCGAAAAAGAUGAAGGCCAUGGAAAACAUGCAGGAUUAUUUGACGAAAAAGCUGCCCAGUGUGGCUGCCCAUUAUAAUUAUGAGGUGGAAAAAUUCGGAAACGAGCUGAACCUGGCCAACUCGAAAGUGUCAUCUCUCAUUUUAGAGAACUCUAGCCUUGAGUUUCUCGACCUGCACUAUCUUUAUGUAGCAGAAGCUCUGAAUACCCUUGACAUUUUCCUUGAUCAUCAUGUCCAAAGGAGAGAAUUGGAUCCUACAAUUGGCAACGAGAUUGUGCAAGUCAUAACAGGCCGUGGUAAUCGUAGCCCUAACGGAGUGGCUAAAAUUAAGCCUGCCAUCAAGACCAGACUCAAAAAGCGUGGGAUUCAAUUCGAGCAGAUCAAUGAUGGUGCUCUACGAGUGUACAUUACACGCAACCUGCAGUACAGUUCAAACUAUACGGCUGAAGCCGAGUAGGAAUCAAAGCAAACCCUGCCCUCUAUAAAUGCAUAAUUUUAGAAUUAUAUAUAUAUAUUUUGUGGGAUGAAUUGAGGCACUACAGUAUAUUUUUGUACUGGUGUACUUAAUGCCUUUUAGUUUAUGUAACUGAAAGUUGCCCCCGUAUCACUGCAAUUUUUUUAUUUUGCUUGGAGCAAUACAAUUUAUACUUUGUCAGCACUGGUGGUGCCUACUAAUAUUAAGACAUGUACUUCCCUGUAGCUCCGGAGCACAAUAUUUUUGUGAAACUUUUUACGUCAGUAUUGAUGAUAAGGAUCGCUCUGUAAUCUUUUAAUAUUCAUUUUUGCCCACAUAAUUAGAAACUUUGCAUUAUGUUUGUGCUUGUAAACCAAAUUUUUGAAUACCGUUUUUUAAUAGUUUUCCUACCGUAUUUUAUCAUUAUUCCAUCUAAAGACCCUAAAGACAUUUACAUUUGGAAUCAUCAUAAGUUUUAAAGUUCCUGUUUGUUCAUAAAAGAAAAUUUUUAAGCCAAUAAUCGACUAUCGAUCUGUAUUGCUCUAGGCAUGCAUUUUAGUUUUAAGUUCAUAAACGAGAAAAUUUUACCAUCUUAAUGUAAAUUUUAUAAAAGAUAUAAGAUAUUUUAAA